AUGCUCGCAUUUUUAGAUGCGCCGCAACAGCGACGAGUGAGAAGCGGUGAGGAUUACCCGUGGCAUGGUGCAGCUGGCGGCAAACAGUUCAUGAAACAGGAAAGAGAAUUUCGUCCAUCACCAUCUCCCGGCCGAGUGGCAACGUGGCACGCUCAGACUCAGCCAUCGAUGAUCUCGAAGCUCGGACACUUUGCUGUAAAUGUAAUCACAUUGGGCUACUAUUGUCCUAGCGAAAACUAUGGGAAGCACGGCGUGAAAAGAAGGUGGGAGUAUGAGGACGAUGAGCAUGCUGGUGAAGAAGAUCGUGUAUGGCAAGGUCGUUCACCCUUCAAUCCACACCAUCCAACCUACGAUUUGCGCAGUCGUACGAUUUACAAAAAUCAGCCACCGGAACAGUCGGUGCCUUACAGUGAUCGCAUUGUGAGCUGGCUUGCUGAUAUCGCUACCUCUUGCGUCGUGAACUUCUUCCCGCUGAUCGCAAAACUUCUCUUCCUGCCAAUCAACUUGAUUGGCUACACUGCGGCACGCGCACUUGGCCUUCACUCCUCACAGCGGUCGUUGCAACAACACACUGCAGCUGGCGUAUCAGCACGACGAGACUAUUUACCCGGUGGUGCAAUAUUCCGCUUUCUUAUCGAUAUGCUGGUGGCAUUCGUCUCCGGAUUCAUCUCAUUCUUCAGCUUCCUGCACUCAGUACCAUUUCAAAUCGCAGAAGCAAUUCGUGAACGCCUCGCUUACGCCUUGGCCAAUAUGUAA